GUCAACACACCGAAUGAAUGCGCCUGUUCUGUGAGUGCAUAAAACAUUUGAAUAGGCAAAUGAAAGCAAAAAAACAACAAGAUUAGACGAACAGAAAACAUAUCCACAGUCACGACAGAAAGUCAGGCGUCUUUGUGAAACAAAUCAAUACUCAAAGCACAAGUCAAAAACAUACCCUAUCUCGCCAUUCCUUCAACACCCCGCCUGUGUUCCUGGAAGAAGCCAUGAAAGUCAAAAUCAAGGAGUGGAACGCGGUGGCCACAUGGAGAUGGGAUAUUCCGGAAGACGACGUCUGCGGAAUUUGCCAGGUUCACUUUGACGGCACCUGUCCGACGUGCAAAUACCCUGGUGAUGAUUGUAGCCUCUUGUCUGGCAAAUGCGGCCAUAAUUUUCACAUGCACUGCAUCCUCGAAUGGAUCAAGCAAGAUUCAGCCAAGGGACAAUGCCCGAUGUGUCGACAAAAGUUUGAGUGGAACGAACAGCCCGGGCAACAUCCUCCAGGCUCUCGGUCUUCAAUGGCCCCGCCAACACAGCAAUAGCAGUUGGAAGAGACCGACAUCAAAUUGGUUACGGGGAGCCAUGGUUUUGCUGUGACUUUCCCCUGGUUCAGGACAAACAAGAUGGAAUGACAGCUCGUAUUAGACCAAUCCAUUUGUAUUACUUUAAUUUCUCAGGCAGACCUUUUUUAUGAUACCCCCAAACCUGAUUUGACUAGAACUAGACCCAGUGUGUCAGUCAGUCAGGUAGUCACUCAAGUCAUUGUACAAAGUAGUAUUUGUUUGUCCUUCUGCCCGCAGCUCUCUCCGCCCCGCGCCCUAGAAUAAAACUGGAA